GAAUGUGUACGGCUAGCCGGCUGGUAGCUUUGGCAAUGUUGUUAUUCUCAGAAUGAUAUCGCAGCGUGACAGAGGAGAACUUGCUCGGUUUUAUACUGUCACAGAUCCCAAAAAGCACAAGAAAGGAUAUACUGUCUACAAAGUCACCGCAAGGAUAAUCUCCAGGAAGUGCCCCGAGGAUGUCCAAGAGAUAACAGUAUGGAAGAGGUACAGUGAUUUCCGGAAGCUUCAUCAAAACCUCUGGCAGCUGCACAAGAAUGUAUGUAGCCAGUCGGAGCUGUUUCCUCCCUUUGCCAGGGCCAAAGUCUUUGGUCGUUUUGAUGACUCAGUAAUUGAGGAGAGGAGACAGUGCUCAGAGGAUCUGCUUCAGUUCUCUGCAAAUAUCCCUGCUCUCUAUAGCAGUCAGCACAUCCAAGAUUUCUUCAAGGGAGGUGAGGUCCACGACGGCUCAGAGCUCAUUGGACCUGCAGAGCCCUUCUCUGACUUCCUAGCAGACAGUUUAUCUGACUGCAGCUCUGACGUUCAAAGAGAUAUUAGUGGGGCAGAUGAUUUGACUAUCACAUCAGAGUAUGGAGGCCCGUCAAGUGACAGCGAUCUGACCUCCCUGGCUGUGGAUUCAGACUCUCUCGCUGGGUUGGAUGAUGGCAUGGCCUCAGGCCGCACCUCCCCAAAUCAGCCACAGGGGGGAGCCACUAACAUUAGCAGCAGCUGCAGCCCUCGCUUGCCCUCCCUGCACGAACGCCGCACCCCAUCUCCCACCGUGGUCCCUGCCUCCUCAGCCCCGAACCCAGAGGUCAGCUGGCCAGGCCGAACAGCACUCUUCUCCGGCAGCCUGAAGAAAGCCAGCAGCAGCAACUCGAAGGACAUAAAGUCAGAUUACUUAGACAGAGCCAGUGAGCUCAUCUCUUUGGCUGUACAGAAAGAGAAAGAGCAGGACUUUCAGGCAGCUUUCUCUUGCUACCGCAGUGGAGUUGACCUGCUGCUGCAAGGAGUGCAAGGUGAGCCCAGUCCCACGCGGCGAGAGGCCGUGAAAAAGAAGACUGCGGAGUAUCUGAUGCGAGCAGAGCAGAUAUCUAGUCAGCAUCUGAGAAGCAACAUGGGUCAAGGAUCAACACAGACGGUGGCUCUGGGGGCACAGUGCUGCUCAUCCAGCAGCAGAGGAGGCCAGCAGAGUCCGUCUGAGGAGCUGAGAGCCUACAGGGUGCUCGGAGUCAUUGAUAAGGUUCUUCUGGUCAUGGACAAGAGAACGCAAGAGACGUUCAUCCUGAAAGGUUUAAGGAAAAGCAGCGAGUGUGGGCGGAUUAAGAGGACCAUCAUGCCUCACUCUGUGCCCCACAUGGUGCAGCUGAGGAAGUUCAUUGUUUCUGAAGAUGUAGUUUUCCUCCUGCUGCAUUAUGCUGAAGGUGGAAAGCUGUGGUCUCACAUUGGAAAAUACCUUCGUAGUUCCACCCCGGAGGAGAGUUUUGACAUUCCUUUUAUCCAAAAGAGCCACACGACAGCUGUUCAUUCUCCACGACACACUCUACCACGGUUGGAUACAGGUUCAGCCAGUUCUGGUUCAGGGCCGCUUGCUUGUUCUGAAUCUGCCUCAGGGCUGCAGAAAGAAGAGGAGAACAUCAUCACAACUCCUCAAAGAAGUGUUCUUCCGUCCAGGCUUAUUGAACAAAUCGGGGUCCAGUCUGACUCUGGAGCCAACUCUGAGGAGGAGUGCACUAACAGUUAUCUGACACUUUGCAAUGAGUAUGAACAAGAGAAAGUAGAACCAGAUGCACUCGAAGAGGAGGAAGAGAAGAGCGAGCAGGAAAUGCUGUCACUAGAGGUGCCCAACGCGACAACUACCACCACGUCUUCACGCAGCCGCUCACUGCUUAGCAACGACAGCCUCUCUUCUCCCAUCAGCUCUCAGGAACUUGGCUUUUUCACAGAGUCGUCAGACAAAAGCGGCAACACCGCUGACAAUGAGCAAUACCGCAACGACACCCAGGACAACAGUGAAGUCUUUAGUCCUUUACCGUCCCCUGCUGCUCCUCUCUCUUUGGACCAAUCCAAGCACACACCAUUGGAGUUCUUCCGUAUCGACAGCAAAGACAGCGCCAGCGAGGUGACCUGUCUGGACUUAGGAGAGCAGCGUCCCUCUCAUAAGCAGCUCUCAGUCUUUUCUACAUCGGACCUGGGCUCAGACGUCACUGAGGAUCUUCCCGAGCUGGCUCAGGAAGUCAAAAGUCACUGUUUGGAGCUGUGGGGGUUGGACUGCAGCGAUAAAGGCUCCAAUGAGUCAGUCCCAGUGAUUUCAUUUAAAGAGGCUGUCGUGGAGGAUGAGGGUCACCCACCUGACCUUUUAGUUAACCUGCCUGAAUUGAGCGGGACGGUCGACUCUUUACAAGACGAGCUCGAGUCUUCAGGAGUGUGCUUAGGCCUCGAGGCUACCGCAUCUCCUCAGAAAUUCAUCCAGCCUGACGUCCUACAGCUCCACAGCCAGCCUGAGGAAGAGGAGGAGGAGCAGCCGCUGGAGCAGGAGCUUUCAUCUUUCUGCACAGCUUCUGCAACCUGUGACAUCAGUGUUGCAUCUUCCUCCCCCUUCAACUCACUGUGGGAUGACUGCAGCUUGGCGUUUGCACAAGAAGCAUCUGACAAAAUGGUGGUGGAUCCCGCAUGCCAAAAUAAUGACCUCCCCCUUGAUCUUCCAGACACUGACUUGCUUAGCGAGAAACUAGAAGCCAGAACGAGCAUUAGUAAGGACUUGGUUCUAGAUCCCAGUGGGGUAAAUGCUGAUUCUAGCCUAGCCAAAAAUGGGAGUGAGGCAUGUGCAGAGGUUGAGAGUUUACCAGGUCUUGGUGGUAGAGUUAUUAGUACUAAAGAUGGCAGUGAAUUCGAUAAAGACGUAUCGCGGCUCUUCAAAGAGCUAGACGAGCUGUCGUUGGCUGCAUCCCAAGCCCAGAUCCCUGAGGAGUUUGUUCGCUGCUGGGCUGCAGAGAUGGUUACAGCCCUGGACUGUCUGCACCAGGAGGGAAUCAUCUGUCGAGACCUGAACCCCAACAACAUCCUGCUCGACCAUCAAGGUCAUGUUCAGCUUACCUACUUCUGCAGCUGGAGUGACGUGGAGGAGUCCUGUGACAAAGAGGCCAUUUCCAAUAUGUACUGUGCACCAGAGGUGGGAGGUGUCAGCGAGGAAACGGCAGCUUGUGACUGGUGGAGUUUAGGUGCCAUCCUGUUUGAGCUCCUGACAGGCAUGUCACUGCUGCGGUGUCAUCCAGCAGGAAUCAGCCGCCACACGGCUCUCAACAUCCCUGAGACUGUUUCAGAGGAGGCCAGGUCUCUGUUGGAGCAGCUGCUUCAGUACAAUCCAAUGGAAAGACUUGGUGCAGGUGUGGGAGGCGUGGAUGAUAUCAAAUCCCACCCUUUCUUUGCCAAAACAGAUUGGCCAAAAUAGGAAUUUUACAUUAUGAGACUGCAGAAUUGCAUUCUGUAGGACUGACUUCCGCUGACAAACUUGUCAGAGCAGACGGACAAAUACAAAGAUCUUAAAUAAUGAUGCAUUCCUGCGCAUAUCUCCUAUUUUUGUGCUACCAUACAGUCCCCAUGUACUCCUACUUUUUGUUUUUUACAGGAUUUGCCAAGACACAGUAUUACCUUUCUUGUAAAUUGCUUAUUUUACACAAGUUUCCUGUGUAACCUUAUAUUGUGUGGGGUACACUUAUCAUCAUGUGGUGCAAUAAUUUUCAAAGUAGGUGCAGGUACUGAGUGAUGAUCCACUACAGCAUUGUUGCUUUUACACUCCUUGUGCAUUAGCUUCCACACAAAUUAGAGUAAGGGGUGGCAUCUAUGUGAUUUAUUUUUGUGUGCAUACAUUAACAAUUGCAUGCUAAACCUUAACUGACACUGAUUUAAGUCACCUUUUGCUAAUGUCCAUGUGCAAUACACUGUUUGUUGCUGCCUGUAACACUCACAUCGUUCCUGUCAGAGCCCACUAAGAUUAGCCAGACUGAGACAGGUUUGGUUUUUAUUUCUGAGUGUUUUAUGCUCUGAUGAAGACAUUAUGUUAGAUAUGAUAAGUCAUUUACUUUGCCAUGUUUGCCAUCCUUUUCUGAUGCCUACCAGAGCACAUUUAGUAACUGAGACAGACACUAUGCAAUGCAAGGGGACAGAGCAGGAGUAUUUUUUUUUUUUUUUUUUUUUUUUUUUUCAAAUUAAGAUUUAAUUUAUGUCCAGAUUUGAUUUAUAUCUUAUUUAUGAAAGCAUAUCUGAAAAGAGGGCUGAGUUCAAUAGUGUUAUUGAAGCUUCUUUUGAGCGUAAAUAGACAGUUAUGAAACACUGAAAUUUGUUUUUUUAGUAAUUUUUCAAGUACAGAAUUACAAAGACACAAUCACCUUACAAAAAUUUAAACAAUUUACCAAGUCUGACACAAAAUUACUGUCUGAAACACUACAAAACUUCAAAGAAAUUUGCAAAGUCUAACAGAAAAAAGUUUGAAACACUUGAAAAACCUGAAACAAAUUCACAAAGUCUGAUAAAAUAAUUAUAAAGUCUGAAAUACCUAUAAAAAGCUUGACACAAAUUUACAAACUCCAAUAGAAAUUUCAAGUCUGACAAAUUUUUUAAAAACUUGGGUCACUUCUAGCAUUUAGUACAUUCCCAGCAUUUGGUACAUUCCCUUUCCAUAAGAUACAGUUUGUAAAUUUGUAACAUUUGCAAUUUCUUUUUUUUUCUUUUUGGUAAAAUGAAAAUUUUAAAUUGCAAAUGUUUGGGGUUUUUUUGCUUCAUGAAAUUUAAAAAUGUUUUAGCUUAACGUGUUUUAGAAUUUAUAAUUUUUAAAUCAGACUAAAUUUGUUUCAAGUUCUGAAAGUGUUUCAGACUUUUGAUUUUGUAAUGGACUUUUUUUGUAGAUUUGUCUUUUAUAAAAGAGUUUUGCUAAUGUAAUUUUGUUUUAUAAAAUAUAAAAAUAUUUUGGUUUAUGUAGAUUUGUUUCCAUCUUUGUAAGAGUGUUUCAGAUUUUGUAAUUUAAAAUUGCACUUCCAGUCCAUCGUAAUUUACUGGAAACAUAAUGCUCAUUUAUAGAAGUCUCUAUUUUUAAGGGGAACUCAGAUUUCCAGUUCACAUGAUAACAACAAAGGUAACAUUUCAAACUCUUUCAGACACCCAAAAUACCGUCAACAAGUAAACAGCUAGCCAAAAAGCAAUGAAAGGUUGCCAUUUUCUGAUUAAAUUAUCUUGUAAAUGUGGCAAAGGGAAGAUUUAUAUGCUGCCAAAACAGACUUUUUUACAUUUGAAACUUCACAUACUGCAAAGAUUCUCAGUAGUGAUCAUUUUGGUAACAGUACAAAAUUUGCAAAGAGAAAAGAGGUACCCCUUCAAUUACAGGCAGUGACAAAUAAACAUAAACCACAUCCCUAAUGGGAGCUUUAAAUGACAAAUCAUUUAUUCAGAAAGAAAGAUCAAAGAGAGAAAAAGCUUGACCUACACAACUAAAGCCAGCCCUUUUAUACAUUUAUGUUUUUUUCAAUGAAGAAAUAACAGCACUGAGUUUCCUGCAUGAAAGAAUAUCAUUUAUGUAAAAUACUUAAUGCUAUGAAAAAAUCUAUUAAACUAUAAAUAAUGUGUGUCAUGUAAAUAUACCUAUUGGAGGAUGUGCUGAGUUUAAGGUGCACCCAGGUGUCAAACAUUGUCAUUGACUCACUGCCACAUCAAUCAAACCCUUUCUUAAUUUAUUUUUUGUAACACAUCUUUUGCCACACAGAUCAAAUUUUUGAUUUUAUUAUAUCUGUCUACAAUGACUGAAUAACAUGUACAUGGUAAACAUUUAAUUUCAUUGCAAACCAUGUAACACUUUUUGUGUAACAGGAUGAGAUUUUUGAAGGAAUAUUAGAGCGAUUAUUAAACACAUCUGAACCCAUUUUUGUAACUUUACACAGAUAAUCACUCCUCUGUUAAUGCGCAACCCUCUUGUACUUCAUGCUAACGCCAGCUGACAGAUUCUGUAAACUACAAGUUCCAUAAUCCACCUAUUAACCCUUUUUAUCAGAUGUAAACACCGCAGUGAGAUCAUUUUUUUUAUUGAAUGUUCACUCGUGUGCGCCAUGUCAAUCUGGACAACAAUAAACAUACC